CCCCACCUGAUCCUCUUAGUAACCUUGAAGCUCUUUCACAACGUACCGACAGCUCUGGUCAGUGAACUGAUUGCGCAGUUAUUCCUGUGAGCAAUACAGCGUCUUGUAGUGGUCGAUCCUCGGACCAGUACUGAAAUUAAUGCCACAGGUAUGCGAUUACUUAACGUGCAAGCUGUCGUUGACAGGGACCGCGACAUUCGGACUGGGAGAAAAGUCAACCUCCAAACCAACGUCCUGGAAGACCUUGACGAUACGUGCACAGAUUAUGCCAUACUAUCCCAUCGCUGGCUCGGAAGAGAAGUCAACUACAAGGAACUCGUCGGACUGCCUACCAUGGCAAAUGAAGAGCAGGAGCAAGUCAGGUUGUGUAAAGGCUACCUGAAGAUUCUCGAAAGUUGCGAGCAAGCUUUGAAGGACGGCUAUUCAUGGUUGUGGGUUGACACGUGCUGUAUCGACAAGGGUAGCAGUGCAGAAUUAUCCGAAGCGAUCAAUUCGAUGUAUCGAUGUUACGAAAACUCGAGGAAGUGCUACGUGUACCUCUAUGACGUCGAUGGCCAACGUUUCCCGACUAUGCCAGACGAUACCAACUAUCCCAGCUCAAACGGCUGGCCGGAGUGGUUCUCACGCGGUUGGACACUCCAGGAGCUGAUAGCUCCGAAAGACGUUCAGUUCUUCAAUCAGCAUUGGGUGUUUGUGGGCGACAAAAUAACCUUGGUCUCUGUUCUGCGCGACAUUACUCGAGUCCCGGAGGAUAUAUUGAUGGGCCGUCUAUCCCCGAGUCGGGUUUGCGUAGCCCAACUCAUGUCGUGGGCCGCUGAUCGGAAGACGACCCGAGUCGAGGAUCGGGCAUAUUCUUUGUUGGGGCUUUUUGGCGUGAACAUGCCAAUGUUGUACGGGGAGGGAAGGAAAGCCUUUCAGCGGCUACAAUUGGAAAUCCUCCGGAUAUCCAACGACCACAGUAUCUUCGCAUGGGAUUAUAGAGGGACAAUUCGGCGGCCUGGAGUCGUCUUGGCUGAUGAUCCAAGCUACUUUCGGGAUUGUCAUGACAUCGACGUGGUGGAACCGGAGGAGUUUAUCAAGCUUUUCAAGCGGCAUAUUCAAAGCAAGCUAGGGAUCCAGUGGGUCAAUCCUGUGCAAUGGGGCAGACUUUCCCGGUUAUUGUUGCGUGACCAUGCUCGUGCACGACAACUUCGCACAUUCUCUGUUACCAACGGGGGCAUUGAUAUAUGCCUGCCACUCACACCUUACCGUGACUCUCCGUCUGUGUACAGGGCCACCUUGGCGUGCACGCGUAACGGAUGUCCGGUGACCAUUGAUUUGGCAUCCUACGGGUCAGAUUAUUACAAAUCUUUUGGCGCAUCAGAUGUUCUCGAAGCAGUUCCAGAAUUCAGGCAACUUCAUCUCGCCUAUUAUUGGAACCGGACGUAUCGCCAUCUCACACUCGAUGAUUGGUUUAUGUCUUGCUAUGGCUUUGCUCGCUGUGGUGCUUUUCCCUAUAAUAUCGUCAACAAUUCCGUUGGCGUGUUCUCGCACACGAAUGAUCUCGUUAUCCUUGUCUAUGCCAACGACAAUGCGCGAGCUCGAUUUGCAGUUGGGUUUGGGUACUACUUUGAUCAACAAUGGGUGCACGUUGUUUGUGAUGAUACAGGCGAUUGUCAAUCACGUUGGGAGGACUAUGCGAAGGAAGUCUACGAACAGUUGUGGAGCGCGCGCAAAGAACACGCUGGUAAUAUGCCGGAGGUCUCCAAACGAUUCUGGUCCACCCCUAAACGUGAACCCAAGUAUUACAUCAAGCAUGCACACUUACCACGGUCUAUCUGGGCUGCAAAGGUUGUUUGGGACGGAUGCACAGUAGGCAAUACCACGCUCACCGUUGACGUCGACCAAUGCACUGGUUGCUGUUAUGGGCCCCUCGAAUGGAAGAAUACUGCAAACGAUAGACACUACCUGCCCAUGCCUGGACUCAUGAAAGUAUAUACUUGUGAUUAUGAGCACCGGCUAUCCCUUGGUGGAGUUAAUGUAGGAUUUCUGGAAUGUGGUACGAAGCAGAUCAAAGUGAGCAUCAAUAUGUCUGCUGCAGUUCUCUUUUAUAUGAUGGAAACAGCUCGGUGACUAUGGUGACUGGAAUCACCCGAGCAAAAGUUUUGAGCCUUGCGGUAACAUCUCUGACAACCUCGGCGCCUAUUCAAUGGAUUCCGCCAAUUCCCAGAUGGUCUCGGCUACGAAUAAGGAUGAUGACCAUCUUGACACCGUGAUAACUUCCGUUGUCGAGGGCUGCCCCCUACUUUUGUUCAAACCGACCAGCCUCUCCAUUCCAGGCAGUCGAGAAUUUGUUUCGCUGCUGAAACGUUUAUCGAUGUCCCUCACAGAGAAGUACCUAGUAACAG